AUGUCCCAGGUCAGACUAAACCUUCAGCCUCCCCCAAAUGUCGACUUUGUGACCGGAUAUCCUGGUAUCCCUCCUGGCCCAGAACGUCCCCAAGCUGCGGUCAAGGGUGCCAUCGAAGUUCGGGUACCUCCUCAAGGCGUCAAGGCGAAGUGGGUCCGCAUCGAGCUGCGUAAGGUGGAGACGCUCCCAGGAGGAGGUCCGGCGAACAUAUUCCAUGACUUUGUGGGCCCUAGCCCUGUCAACCUCUGGAGCUCGUCUGAUGAGUACAAUCUACUACGCUCGCAAGACUUCCCGUUCUCGAUUCGGAUACCUGAAUCAAUACCUCCCACCAUCCAGCUUGAUAGCAGAGCGGGCAUCAGCUACGAGCUAGUGGCGACAGUGUGUACCAAGGGCAAAAGGGGCUUCCUCCGAAAGGCCAAGUCCGUCGUCACGACCGUCUCUGCACCAAUCAUCAUCGACAAGCACGAGCUGCACUCAACAUGGCCGGUUUACUGCCAGCCAGAUGUUCGUCAACUCGCCCAGGAUGGCGUCUCACUCAUCGUCGAGCGCAAUCGCACCUGCUUCGGUCCCGGGGACAGGGUCUCGAUUGUCGCGACUGUCAAGUCCGACAGCCUCAACACCGUCAUCCUUCGCGGGUUUGAGAUCUACAUAAAAGAGGCAACGGUCUUCCGCCCAGGCAUCCAUGGUGCAGGAAAGAAGCACGCGCCGCAGGUCAAACAAGAGAACAUUGCAGAAACGAAAUACCCAAUCAAUGCAACUCUGUAUGGCGGUACACAACAUACCGCCGAGCUCAGCUGCAUGAUCUCACCCCAACACACGACGACGACGUUGAAUGCUGCUCGACACAUCGACGUCACAUAUACGUUGUGCAUCAAGGCUCUCAUGGGCACGGGAACACACCUCGUGCUGGAUCUACCCAUUAUUAUGUCGAAUUGGCAGAGAGAGGUGUCGUUCGAAGCUAUCAGCCGGAUCGGAGCAGCACCGAGUUUAUCACUUUUCCCACCUGCUCAAAGUGCGGCAGCGACAAUGCAUGCGCUACAAGCAGCUCGCAUCGAUCCAACUCGCGGACGCCCCGCAGAUGCAGUUGCGGCUACCCUACCCCUCAACCGCGGCAAUCUGGAGAACACAUACGGCCAUGUUCGUAACAACUCGGCGAAUGCCUUCAACUCUCUCCCAGGAGCAUCCUCCUCCGCUGCCCGAGGAGUGGGCGAAGAUCCUUACGGGCCAGGGUACGGCAGAGCAGGAAACCUCGCAGACGAAUUCGGUGCUACUACAGUGGCUGUUGGCUCCUCGUCGAGUGCGGUCCAGACUCGCAACAGACCUGGUUCUGCGGGUGGCGGAAAUAGGCUCACAAUCGUCAAUCCGGAGCCGUCGCAAGAGAUACCAUCUCGUCAACGAACGGCUGGGUCAUCGACAGCGACGGGGUCGGCCAGGCAGUGGCCUACUGCUGAGGAAGAGAAGUUGAAGUUGUACGAACAGGCAAGGGCACAGGUUGCGAAGGUGCAGGGUGUGGCUGCAUCACCGCCUCCUGCUAGUGCUAGCUCUCCACCACCUCAAGCUACCGGAACUCCUUCACCAGGUCGCAAUACCAAUGCCGGUAGCUCACAACAAAAUCAAUGGAUGACCGCGGAGGAAGAAAAACUUCGCCUGUUCCAACAGGCCCAAGCCGCCGUCCACCGAACCCAGGCUGGUGCUAGCCAAUCAGUACCCACCCACGGUAGGAACACCUCUGAUCCCAACCAGGCUAGCGGAGGCUCGAAACCCUCUGGUGCUGCCCUUUACGCACAAGCAAUGAGUGCUCAAAGCCGUUCAACCUCCGGCUCGCAAGCAGGCGGCAGCUCUUCACUGCCCAAGCCCGCAACAUCAACGGGUGCGCCACAGUACCCUACCGCCGAGCAAGAGAAGGCUGCUCUGCGGCGCUACGAGGACGCGAAACGAGCCGUAGACAGGACGCAGAAUAGCAGCUUCCCUGAGCAGACGACCUCAUCGCGGCCAGCCAAUGCUGGGCCUAUUGCGUAUGACUCGCUGUUCCCGGCACCUUCGACCGGCCCGCCCCCUCCGCCUGCUGAUGCACCGCCACCAUUCGACACUGCCGCAGGUGGAAGCAGCAUCAUGGCGCAUCUGUCGGAGAAGGAGAGGCUGAGGCGGGCGUAUGAGGCUCAGGACGCUGCAGCGGCCGUUGCUGCGCGGCAGAGCCCACCCCCGCCAGCUGCAUACACAGCACCUCCGCCUGCUCAACCGACUGCCGCUGCACCGCCGAGCCCUGGCCAGUAUACGAGUGCAUUGGAGGAGAAGGAGGCGCUGAGGCGGAAGUUCGAGGCGAGGGAUAAUGCUUUGGCUUCCAAGACUAACAAUGCACCUCAACCCCCACCUCCAAGGUCGAACAGCGGUGGAACGACGGCACCUAGCAGCCCCCCUCCAGGCAGCUCGUCACCCUCUCGCAACACCGGCCAGAGACCAACGCCCGUUCCGCCGAGCCAAGGCCAGCAAUCUGGUAGCACACGAGUCUUGACUGCCGCCGAGGAAAAGGCGCUCCUGAAAGCAAAGUACGAAGCACGAGAUGGAGGGAGAAAACCUACUCCUGUUACCACAGCUGCGCCGACGACGAAUGGCACCUCCACUGCCAACGGUGCCAGCACACCCCCGCCUCUCAUGCCCCGCCCACCUGCAGACUACAUCAAGGAGACGCAAGAAGAGGACGCACGACUCUCGAGGCUGAACGGCGACGCACCGAACAUAAAUGGCACCCCGAAGAAGCUCAACGGGUCGUCGUCCUCCGCGUCGCUGAAUAAGCCGGCUGCUGAUGCCAGUGGUGGGCUGGACAUCAAGCCUUUCACGCCGUUCCGUGCUGGGUUUGGGGAUAUUGUCACACCUGGCCCGCCACCCCCCUUACCACCCAAAGCAGCUGAGUAG